AUGAUUUUGAAUAAGAUCAAAGGCACACCGAAUGAUUCCGGGCCUGCCAUUUUCAGUCAACUUAUUAAAGCCGAAGAACUCGCCUUUCUUGAGAAAGACGACGGAGUUGCAUCCCUACAAAUCAUCGGAAAAGGUGGGUGUGGAGAAGUAUACAAGUGCGAAUUGCCAGAAAGCAAAGUCAAAACAAUUGCCAUUAAGAAGAUCAUACAACCUCCAAAGGAUGCCACAGAGCUCGCCGAAGAAGACACAAAGCUUCUCAACAAGAAAAUGCGACAAAUCAAAUCAGAAAUCCAAACCGUCGGCCAAAUCAGACACCGGAAUUUACUUCCAUUAUUAGCUCAUGUUUCCCGGCCAAAUUGUCACUACCUAGUGUACGAGUUCAUGAAGAACGGCAGUUUACAAGACAUUUUACAGCAAGUCAAAGAAGGUAGCCGGGAACUGGAUUGGCUCGCGAGACACAGAGUGGCGCUCGGAGUAGCUGCCGGACUGGAGUAUCUUCACAUGAGUCACACUCCUCGUAUAGUUCACAGGGAUUUAAAACCAGCCAACGUCCUUCUUGAUGAUGACAUGGAAGCUCGGAUAGCAGAUUUUGGGCUUGCGAAAUCAAUCCCAGAUGCCGAUACUCACAUGACGAGUUCAAAUGUCGCCGGAACUUUAGGAUACAUCGCGCCGGAGUAUCACCAGACUAUGAAAUUUACCGAUAAAUGUGAUAUCUACAGUUUUGGGAUAUUGUUGGCAGUUCUGGUGAUGGGGAAGCUUCCUUCGGAUGAGUUUUUUCAGCGAACAUCUGAGAUGAGUUUGGUGAAAUGGAUGAGAAAUGUGAUUACUUCUGAGGAUCCAAAACAAGCGAUUGAUUCGAAGCUUUUGGGGAAUGGUUAUGAGGAACAGAUGCUUCUUGUUCUUAAGAUUGCUUGCUUCUGUACCAUGGAUAAUCCGAAAGAAAGGCCCAACAGUAAAGAUGCCAGGUUGAUGUUGGCUCAGAUUAAUCAUUAA